UUGGGCCUAGGAUCCAAGAUGGCUGCCACUGAGUCGGAAGAGGUUCCGUCUAUCUCGAAGUUUUUAAUGGACUGUUCGCCGAAGGACAUCGCCUUGAACUGGCUUCAAGCAACAGAUUUGACCAAGGAUGUGUACCAUCACCUUGCCUGUAAUGUACCAAAGAUUUAUUGCAGAGACUCUAACCCUAAUCCACUUAAUGAAGAAAUGUUAGCUCAGCAUAUUCUGUUGGGACCAAUGGAAUGGUACCUGUGUGGAGAGGAUCCAGCUGUGGGAAUGACCAAACUUGAAAAGGCAAAUAAAUCAUCACAGCUCUGUGGACGUGUUUUCAAAAUUGGGGAGCCUACUUACUCUUGCAGGGACUGUGCGGUAGAUCCAACCUGUGUGCUAUGCAUGGAGUGCUUCUUGGCCAGUGUGCACAGAGAACAUAGAUAUAGGAUGACGACAUCAAGUGGAGGGGGUUUCUGUGACUGUGGAGACACUGAAGCGUGGAAACAAGGUCCAUAUUGUCUAAAACAUGAACCUUCUGGCUCUGACGCACUGGAGGAGGAUCCACUGGCACAUUUAUCUGAGGACAUGAUUGGACGUGCCUAUAAUAUUUUUGCAAUUGUAUUCAAAUAUGCAGUAGAUAUGCUAACGUGGGUAGAGGAAGAUAGACUGCCUUCUGGAUUAGAACCCCUGGAAAAGGAAGAUACUUAUUAUUGCAUGUUAUUUAAUGAUGAAGUCCAUACUUACGAGCAAGUGAUUUACACCUUGCAGAAGGCUGUGAACUGUACACAGAAAGAAGCUGUCAGUUUUGCCACCACUGUGGAUAGAGAUGGCCGUAGAUCAGUUCGAUAUGGUGACUUCCAAUAUUGUGAGCAAGCAAAAACCGUAAUUGUGAGGAAUACUAGUCGACAAACCAAGCCACUAAAGGUGCAAGUAAUGCAUUCGUCUGUUGUUGCACAUCAGGCAUUUGCCAUAAAGUUGUUACUUUGGCUGAGCCAGGUGAUUGGCUACUCGGGUGGAUUAAGGCGAAUAUUGUGCCAAGUAGGAUUACAGCAAAGACCAGAUGAAGAUCAUUCUUCUCUCGUUGAUAAAUUGAUGCUGUGUGACUCAAAACUAUGGAAAGGAGCACGAAAUAUCUAUCACCAGUUAUUUAUGAGCAGCCUUCUGAUGGAUCUGAAGUAUAAAAAGCUAUUUGCAGUUCGAUUUGCAAAAAAUUACCAGCAGUUGCAGAGAGAUUUUAUGGAAGAUGAUCACGAGCGGGUAAUGUCAGUGACUGCUCUCUCUGUCCAGUUCUUCACUGUCCCAACAUUGGCUCGCAUGCUGAUAACAGAAGAGAACCUUAUGACAACCAUAAUUCAAACCUUCAUGGAUCACUUGAUGAGACAGCGAGAUUCUCAUGGUAGAUUUCAGUUUGAAAGAUAUACAGCCAUACAGGCCUUCAAAUUUAGAAGGGUACAAAGCCUGAUUGGUGAUUUGAAGUAUGUAUUGGUUAGCAAACCAACAGAGUGGACAGACAAACUAAGAGAGAAAUUUCUGGAAGGUUUUGAGGUCUUCUUGCAGCUUUUAAAACGCAUGCAGGGAAUGGAUCCAGUAACAAGGCAAGUAGGUCAACACAUAGAGAUGGAACCUGAGUGGGAGGCAGCAUUUACCUUGCAGAUGAAGCUUACACACAUUAUUUCUAUGAUGCAGGAAUGGUGUGCCUCAGAUGAAAGGGUCCUUAUUGAAGCGUACAGGAAGUGUUUGAUUGUUUUAUUGCAGUGUCAAAGUGGGCCUUGUGAUGGUGAACAGCCAAUCACAUUGAAUAUGUGUGGCCAUUCUUUGGAUAGUAUACAGUAUCGUGUAUCUCAACAUCAAGUCAGCAUCCAUUUGCCAGUUUCACGUUUGUUUUCAGGAUUGCAUGUACUUUUAAGCAAAACAGAAGUGGCAUACAGGUUUCCAGAAUUAUUGCCUCUUAGUGAGUUGAGCCCACCAUUGCUGAUAGAGCAUCCACUUCACUGUAUGGUGCUUUGUGCACAAGUUCAUGCUGGAAUGUGGAGGAGAAAUGGAUUUUCCUUAGUCAAUCAGAUCUACUAUUAUCACAAUGUAAAAUGCAGAGUUGAAAUGUAUGAUAAAGAUUUAAUAAUGCUCCAGGCAGGAGCAUCUAUGAUGGAUCCAAAUCAUUUUCUAAUGACCAUUCUUUGUCGAUUUGAGCUCUUCCACAUAUUUAAUAAUCCUGACUAUGGAAAAAGAUUUGGCUCUGAACACACCAACAAGGAUAUUCUUCAGCAAAACAACAUUCUGAUAGAGGAAAUGCUUCACCUUAUCAUGAUGGUAGUUGGAGAGCGAUAUACUGCAGGGGUUGGCCAGGUGUCACCUGACGAUGAAAUCAAACGUGAAAUUGUACAUCAGCUAUGUAUAAGACCAAUGGCACAUAGUGAGCUGGUCAAAGCUUUGCCUGAAGAUGAGAACAGAGAAACUGGAAUGGAGAAGGUUAUUGAAUCUGUAGCUUAUUUCAAGAAGCCAGGUUUAACAGGAAGAGGCCUUUAUGAGCUGAAACGAGAAUGCGCCAAGGAAUUUAAUGUUUUCUUUUACCAUUAUUCAAGGGCUGAUCAAUCUAAGGCUGAAGAAGCUCAGAGAAAGUUAAGGAAACAGAAUGGAGAAGACACAGCUCUUCCACCUCCUGUACUUCCUCAUUUUUGCCCCCUGUUUGCCAGCCUGGUAAACAUCCUUCAGUCAGAUGUGUAUUUAUACAUUCUGAGAACAGUGUUGCAGUGGGUUGUGGAACCAAAUGGACAUGCUUGGACUGAAAGCAUGUUACAGAGGGUUUUGCACUUGAUUGGAAUGUCUUUACUUGAAGAGAAACAACAAUUAGAGAGUGCGAACGAAGACAGUGAUUUUACUUUUAACUUCACAUCAAAAGUUUCACGUCCUGGGGAGGCUCCAGAAAACUCACCUAGUAUUUUGGCAAUGCUGGAAACCUUGCAAAAUGCUCCCCAUUUAGAGGUUUAUAAGGACAUGAUCAAAUGGGUACUUAAGCUUUUUGGAGUUAUUAAAAAGAUGAGAGAACGGAGUAAUUCAACCCCUGUCGUGGAGAUAGAAGGGCACAGUGUGGAGGAGUGUUUACGAGAUAAAGACAAAGCAGAUCGAAAGCGGAAAGCUGAAAUUGCUCGCCUGCGUAGAGAGAAGAUAAUGGCCCAGAUGUCAGAAAUGCAGAGGCAUUUUAUAGAUGAAAAUAGGGAAUUAUUUCAACAGACGUUAGAAGAACUAGAAGCUUCAUCUUCCACUGCACCUGACAACAACCCAAUAGUUCCUGAUGCAGCAUUGAUUGCUUUGGGCCCCAGACAAACAAAAGUUUUUGAGAAGAAGCAAGUUGUAACAUGCAUCUUGUGUCAGGAGGAACAAGAGAUUAAAGUUAACAAUAAAGCAAUGGUUUUGGCAUCCUUUGUUCAAAGGUCAACAGUCUUAUCUAAGAACAGGACGAGAACCAUUCAGGAUCCAGAAAACUAUGACCCGUUGUUCAUGCAGCCAGAUUUGGCCUGUGGCACUCAUAUAGGUAGCUGUGGACACAUCAUGCAUGCCCACUGUUGGCAGAGCUACUUUGAUGCAGUUCAAGCAAAAGAGCAACGGAGACAGCAGAGAUUAAGGGUGCACACUAGUUAUGAUGUGGAGAAUGGAGAAUUUCUUUGUCCUCUCUGUGAAUGUUUGAGCAAUACUGUAAUUCCUUUACUUCCUUCAUCUUGGAGCCCACAGAGCAGUGACAAUUCAAAAAGCUUUUCAAGCGUUCCUACUUUAUCCCAAUGGUUAAAAUGUACUUUCCAACAAUUGAAUGUCCUGAGAAAAAUCCAGGAAAAGCAGCCAGCAUCCGAUAAUCCCUCCAAUGCCAGUCCAGAAGGAAUUGAAACCCCUGAGGGAUUUCGACCUGACAUAAAGCCAAAGAAUCCUUAUUCAGAUAGUAUCAAGGAGAUGCUCACAACCUUGGCUACAGCAACAUACAAAGUGGGGCUGAAGGUUCAUCCAAAUGAUCAGGACCCACGCGUCCCUAUAAUGUGCUGGGGAAGCUGUGCAUACACAAUUCAAGCAACAGAGCGUUUCCUGGCAGAUGAAGAAAAGCCACUGUUUGGUCAUCUGCCAUGUAGACAGGAUGACUGUCUGAAGACAUUAACCCGAUUUGCUGCAUCGCACUGGACUGUGAGUUUUCUCUCCGUAGUCCAGCAACACUAUACUCGACUGUUAUCAGUUCUGGUCCCUGAUGAUGAUAAGACACAGAUUCCUCCAUCUAUUCUUGAUGUUGACAUGUUCCACUUGUUGGUGAGCUUGGUGCUCUCAUUCCCAACUGUGCACUGUCAUGACUUCACAGGAGUCAGCUUAGCUGUUGGUGUCCUUCAUCUUUUUCAUUUAGUUACCAUGGCACAUAUUGUACAGAUUCUGCUUACAUCUUCUACAGAGGAAAAUAAUAUGGACCAGGAGAGUACCGAUGGAGAUGAAGAAGCUGCUGCCUUUACUUUGUAUGACAAACUCAGGCAAUACUCAGGAAGUGCCUUGAAUUUCAUGGCCUCAGGUUGGCACCUUUGGCAAUAUGUCAAGACUGGAAUUAUGCCCUAUCUACGAUGUUCUGCUUUGUUCUUUCACUAUCUUAAUGGUGUCCCAGUACCAGUUGAACUGCAAGAGAAUGGACCACACCAUUUUGAACUGUUGUGUCGUUAUCUUUCUUUACCAGUAAACCUAAUGAGUCUUUUCCAGACAAACAGUGAUACUAUUGAGCCAUUGAUGCAAAGAUGGUGUGGAGCUGCAGAAGUGCAGAGCUUUGUGAAAGGGGAGAGAACAGCUAUUAGUUAUCCCAGGGAGUCAAAUAAAUUGAUAGACCUUCCCGAUGAUUACAGCUGCCUCAUAAACCGGGCAUCUUGUUUUACAUGUCCGAAAUCUGGUGGUGAUAAAAGUCGUGCACCAACUCUUUGCUUGGUGUGUGGAGGAAUGCUAUGUUCUCAGAGCUACUGCUGUCAGACAGAGCUAGAAGGUGAAGAUGUUGGUGCUUGCACUGCUCAUACUUAUACUUGCGGGUGUGGAGUUGGAAUUUUUUUGCGAGUUCGAGAAAGUCAGGUCCUCUUCUUAGCUGGAAAAACAAAAGGGUGCUUUUAUCCACCACCCUACCUUGAUGAUUAUGGAGAGACAGAUCAGGGACUGAGACGAGGAAACCCCCUUCAUCUGUGCAAAGAACGAUACAGGAAACUACAGAAACUGUGGCAGCAACAUAGCAUCACAGAAGAGAUUGGUCAUGCACAAGAAGCAAAUCAGACACUAGUUGGCAUUGACUGGCAGCACUUGUGAUUUAUUUUCAAUAGAACAGUAGACACUUGGCACAUCUGAAGCAAAAAAAAACUUCUCGAGGGAAGUCAGAGGAUCAGGUUAAAUGAAAUACACCUCAGGCUACCCAUUUUUGGAACACUUGCUCCUGAAUUUCAGUAACUUAAAAUGUUACAUAACUUUUCACCUGUCAUUAAGAAAAUGUGGAUCGCAUGUCAAGUGCAUUAUUUUAGAUGUCAUUCGUUUUAUUUGCACUUAAAUUCUCCUCAACAGUAAAGCAUUUUGGGGUAAUAAAGCCCACAUUUUCAAAAUAGCUGAAUUUUUUUUUAAUCCAGAUUAUUUAUCAGGUUUUGGACUAAUACAAUAUUGACAUCCAAAGUGUGUUUCUGUGCUCUAUAUAGUUAGUGGUGUUUAAUGAACAAUGUUGGGUCAAGUGAGAAAUAGGUUGCUAGACUUCAAUUGGAAACUUUUUUUUUAAUUCUUGCUUUUCCUCUCUAUCCUGUUUUCUUUAGUAGGUUAAAUCAGUUUGCACCAAUUUGUGAUUGUGCAUUUUUAAGGUGUGCAUCUGCUUUCAGUCAACUAAUCUAAAAUUUAGUAUUUUGGUCAGUAGUACCUGUAAAAUCUCCCUCCAUUGAAAAAAAAUUAGUUGUCACUUCAGAGUAAGAACCUUACUAUUUAAUAGUCCAUGAAAAAGUAUUCUAAAAUGCAUUUAAAGGAUCUGUAGAGCUAUUUUAUAACUUGUGUUUUAUAAUUAUUUUAAAAAUAAUAGCCUCAUUAUCAAAGAGAUGGCUGAAAUCAGGAUAGUUGAUGGAAAUUUUUAGUGACAAGAAUUGAUCACCUUGAAAUAUACAAUUAUUAGCAAUGGUGAAGAGAAAAUGGUUCCAUUUUUAUUUUUUUAUCUUUGCAUAUCUAAAGCAUUCCAUUAUUAAGUAUUUGCUUAUGAGGAAUGGAUUAAGUUCUGGUUUACCAGUAGAGGCAACUAGCAACAACUACCAUGCAAGACCCUAAUUCCUUUGUUCUUUUGUUGGAGUAGAUCAUGAAUUAUUUCGGACAUUGCUUUCUAGAAAGCAAUCAGAAAGAAAUAAAAUAAAAUGAAAAUGGGUCAUAUAAAUGGUAUUUUCCUGGUUGGGUGGGGGGAAUGGGGAAGCAUUCAGCAUAUCUUUAAACAUUUUAUCCCAUCGAUAUCACUAGUACAAGAUUUUACUAUCCAUUAAAAUGGUUUAGUAAAAUAAGGAAAUGUUAAUAACUUUUUAAAGAUUCUUUCAUUCACGCAGACUAUGGCAGAUUGUGCUUGUUAAUUUGCACUUUUAUGCCUUUGUAUACUAGGGUAGAUGAACGAGCAUACAAAUAUGCCAUGUACCAUUUUAAUCCGAGUUCAUAAUUGUAAAGUCAUAUGGUUAAAAGGUAAGCCAAGUGGUCAAAAAUGGGAAGACCUUCCCGUUCAUAACUAUAACCUAAGGGUUUAUCAGAACUUAAGGAGGUGAGGAACCUGAUACAUUUGUCUAGUCCAGAAUGAUAUUUCGUCAGCUUUUCUGAAUUAAGUGAAAAUCCUGAGAUGCAGUAAAAUUGAAAGGAGGAAAAAGCAAUACUGUGUCUUUUAAUAGGUAACUCCUGAUAACCAUGGUAUGUUGGGGUUUUCAGCACAAAAUAUGCGAUUAAUCUUCAACAACACUGCUUAGAACCAUCCUAAAUCAAAUAACGGAGACAAAAGUCCAUUCCGGACUGAAAAUACAGUGCAAUAAUAAAUAAUUUUGUGUUAGUGAAUAAGGAUCAACAAAGGAUGCAGAAACUUAUGGAAUUUUAACUAACCAGUGAUAAGCUUGCUAAAAUUCAGAAAAAUUAUUCCUGAAAGAUCAUUUGUUUUCCAUCAUGCCUCAGGUGAGUUCUUAUUUCCUUUAAUGCUGUUGUCAGUUAACUUAAGAGAUGAUGCUUUGAUUGUGUACCUAUAACAAUCCUAGCUCUUUCCAUUCUGGCUAUCAUUUUUUCGGCAGAUGGAGAUGGAUGAAAAAAGCCAUUUAGCUUAUGCACCUCAAAAGAUGUCAUUGUUCUGACAGUAUCCAUUCGCUUCUGUAGAAUUUUUUCAUUUUCUACCUGACUAAAACUCCAUUUAAUUACUUGUUGCUCUGAUAUCAGAUGUGUUUCUCAUUAGUUUGAUCAUGUAAGCCUAAGUCCUACAUUCAUGGUUUGGUUUGCUUUUUAUUAAUACCAAUUAUCCAAUAUACAUUUGCUAUUAAUUUUAUUCAAGCUUGAAAAGCUCAAGUACCUCCAGUCUUUGCUGAGAAAUCAGCCUGUGAAUACUAAAGAGUACUUUAGUGGCUUUUCUCUGAGUCAGUCCCUUUCAGGUUGAAAUAAUUACAGACCAUGCGAAAAUAUGAGAAUCAACUUGGGAUCUUGCAAUUUUUUUGCCUCGCCCUAUGAUUUUAAAAAGGAGCCAUUUUUGGUUUGCUGUUUCAAAUAGUGACUACCAGAAAAUGGAUGCAUUUAUCAGUCAACGAUUUUUAUGGCUACAUUGAUGAAAUUGGAGUAUAUUUUACAGUGCUUGAAAUGAAAUUGUGCUUUAAAAUAUUAAACGCUUUAAACUUGAAGAAUACCAUGUAAAUUUGGUGCAUUUUGAGAUUUAUUGAAUUAAGUUUUGAGGAUAAUAUUUUGCCAUUGAUUUUUCCUCUUGUAUCAUCGUUUCAUCCAGACCUUGUCAUUCAAGUAAUGCUCCUCACAAAUGUAUUCUCUUGUUGAAGUUACUCUCAUGCUGCUUGGUACCCCAUCUUUGCUAAUUCUAUACUGACUGCAAAAAUAUUUGAUCGUUCCAUUGCAAACAAUGACAGGCUGCAAUAAUUAAAAAAUCAGCAGGACACUUCACUAGUAUGUGAAGUAAGCAUAACUGAAACUGCGUAUGAGUUGUUUUAAAGUGGUAGAUCCAAUCCAGCUUGCAGUACUAUAUCUUUUAAAAAUGGCUAUUUUUCUGUUUUUGAAUGGCAUCAAGGAAUGAAGAUUUUUCGUGUUUGAAUAAACAUGAAAAUUCACAGGUGCUGCAAUUUGAGUAUAACAUAGGAUGUACUUGGUCUUCCAGAUAAAUUUGUUUUCAUUUGACUUAAAUGCAGUUUAAUGUGAAAGUGAGGUCAUUUCCAUUUCCCUACUGUUGGCUGACACUGAUGUGGAUAUAGACGAAAAGUCUGACAUAACUGAGUAAAUUUAAAUCUUUUAAUUUUAAAGUAAUGUACAUAUUUGCUGAAACAGAAAGCACACCCAUUUCUUCCUUUCACUUGUCCUGUUAAAACCUUAAAUUGACCACAUUCUCUUGUAUUGUGCAAUUUCCUCUCAUGGAAUCAUUUAGCAUGCAUUUACAUUCACUGUAGAAAUGUUUAUAAAAACAAAUACUUUCGAUAUUUGGGAGAAUUCUUGUAAUAAAUGGGCUGUUAAUAUAUGUUGAAUUCAUGUAUAAUUGGUACUAUGUACUAUAUGUAAAAAGCUGAAGAUUCAGAAUAAAUGCUUUAGGUGUUGAAAGAUCUUUGUCCCUCUUCAUAAUGGAUAAACUUGCCAAAUGGGUAUUUGUCACACAACAUUUUUGAUCAUUUUUAACUUCAGAGACUUUAUUCUUAAGAUCAUUCAGGUAAGGAUAUUUUCUACUGAGUUUUAGCUUUGGUAGUGAAGAAAAAUCAGACCAAGGAUCCCAUUCCUGAUCACCAUUGAAAUUGAGUUUAAAUAGUAAUUGUGCAAAAAAUUGAAUUAAAGUUAGUUUUAGGUUGCCUUAAUGUCAAGAGUUUGCAAUGGCAAUUUAAACAAGUCCUGGCUGGUAUCUGUGGUAAAGUGAAUACGAGUCAACAUCUUUCGGGGAAAGGAUAGUGUUAAGAUGGCAAACUGAUGUGGUUUGUAUCUGUUCCUCCUAUCUUAAUAAAUUUUCAGGUGAA